AUGUCGAGAGCCUCCAGGUUUCUGUCCGUCGUGGCGUUUUGGGCGUCGCACACGUGUUCUGUGUACGCCACGAAGGCCCUCCUGUCGCGUCCAGGCAGGACCCUUCGCACCGUCGUGCUCAUCACUUGGUUCCAGUGCUUGGUGAGCUUCGUGCUGGUUCUGUCGCUAGGAACCCUCGGAGAUCGCCAGGACUCCACGAAGGGGGCAUGGCGAAGCGGGCUGCUGACCGAGAUGGCCCGGGCCCUGCCGCCGAACGCUCUCUUGGGCGGGUGGAACUCCAAGAGCUUGCUUGGGGGAGGAGCCGAGGCGGUGGGCUUGGCUUCGGUGCUCUUCUCCCUGGCCGUCUUCGCCGAUAACGCCUGCCUGGGGGUCGUCAACGCCUCUUUUUUUCAGGUUGCCAGGGCCCUCACCCUCCCGUUCGUCACCGUAAUGGGGGCUGUUGGAUCCCGAGCGCUGCCGCCCCGGGAUCUGCUGCUCCCGUGCGUGCUGUGUAUGGUGGGGUUCUCUCUGGGAGUUCAGUCGCAGACGCCGGAGGCCUUCGCUGACGGGACGUCGAUGGGGGUCAUGGCCAGCCUGCUGACGGCCGCGUACACCCGACUCCUGGCUCGUGCGGAACCGAGGGAGGCGUGGCGAGUGACGUACGUGACCAACAGAAACGCCUCGGUAAUUCUCGUACCCGUGGCGGUAUACGUGGGCAUGGGAGACCCCAACGAUUUUGCGGGAGAUCCCUUCUUGCUCAAAGAUGGCAGCACGAUUAUUUUGGCGGCGAUGGCGACCUUGCUCCCCGCAGUUGCCGGGGUUUGCACCAUGUGGCAGGCGCAGGCACGACUGGGGGCCCGGGGAUUGGCGGCCUCUUCGGUGGGCCGCGCGGUGUUCUCGCACCUCCUGGCGUUCCGCGUCUUCGGCAACGCCAAGGUGCUGAUCGGAGAGAUCGGCUGCUGCUUGGUGCUCACCGGGCUGGCGCUAUACGCAUCGUGCAGAGGAGGAGCCGCCGUGGCGCAAGCCGGCAACGUGGCCGUGCCCGGGGCGGCCCGCGAACACUUCUUGCCUGCCUCCUCCUCCCCCCCGUCCGCCCCGGCCCCGUCUUGCUCGCCGCCGUCGGAUAUGGCUUCGGCUUCGGCGCCGUCGUCGGCAGGAGGGGCGGGAACGAAUCCCGGUCAUCAUCAUCGCCUUGGAAAGAGGAAGGGCACUCCGUUGCUAGGCAGGAAGACGUCCGGCCCCGCGUUUGGAGACGACAAAGAGGUGGAGUGCAACAGCCGCGGAGGCGGCGUCAACGGUGGGGGUGGGGGAUCACCCGUCAAGCACCGGAGGCAUUUCCCGGGGGUGGGGAGCGGGGGCGGCGACUUCCCCACGAGCUGGAGCAAGGACGACGAUAGAGCCGCUGGCGACGAUAUCGUGGCGGCGGUCGAGGAGGGCGGGGGUACCGGCAGAGACGGAGUUUCAUCCGAACGGCUUGAGUCCGAGAAAACUCGGCCGCAGUUGUAGCGGCGACGGCGACGGCAGCGUCGGCAUCAGCCAGAGCAACCGACAAGAGGCCGCAGGUACAGUUCACACCCAAAGAGUUGGAUCGGCAUGGGCUACGGUGGGGGGCGUGAGAACGGGACUACUUUGAGCUUUUGAACUGCCGUGGAGGUUGCUCGUUUGGAUCGGAGCUGAGCGUAACUUUGUUCGUGAUGGUCGGUGGGCUUCAACCGGUGACGUUUUUUUUUCCUGCAGCCGUGGUGGUGUUGGGAGGCGGGGAUGAACGUGGAACCCUUGGUUGUUUGUUGAGCUCCUUGGACGACGCGUGCGAUUGAAUGGCGGCCUGCGCCAGAAGCGGCGAGUGUUCGGUGAUGUGCUUGUCGCUCUACGCGUUUCGUGCUCUCGCACGUAGUUCGGUGGUCUAGUGCUCCUCGACACCACUCUUGCCGACACGAGAGAGGGUAGGUAGGCAGUGGGUCCCUAUGUCCAGUUAGUAUGGCUCACCGACCAUUGUUUGGCGGUUGGUGUCAAGCGUCGUCGUCCCGUGGUUGUCGGUGAUAAUUUUACUGUACCCUUUUGGCGUGGUUGGUUUGGGUUGGCACGCGGACAUUGUUAGCACACGUGCUUGUAAAGAGUCUUAUGUGACACUGCGUGGUUACUUCGUGUGGGGUCCGCUUCUCUUGUUUGUGUAAAAUGUUAAUAUUCAUAGGCCCCGCGCAUGCUGUUGCAAGCGCUCUCGUGUAACUUGUUGCACUUGAUUUGAUUCUAUCGCGUUUACUUGAUGCACGGGGUGCGAGGAUAGCUUCUUCAGGUUUAUUUAUUUGGCGCGGUGUUCCUUUUUUACUAUGUUUUUGUAUCGGUUGAACGUGAGCUUCCCACUGGUUGUGGUUGUUUAGACUUGUCCCUGGGACACCCGUUUUCGCUUCGUGCAUGUCGGUCUUCAUGCAGUUUGGUCUUGCCCCCCCAGUUCCUUCGCAAGGGUUAAAAUGCCCUUGAGCCCUCUUGGUUGUGCAGGGUUAUAGCAAGUGCUGGCCAAGCCCGCUCGUUAGUAGCAAUACCUUCGUUUGUAGCAAUAUCUUCACAGGAACGAGGCUCCGGCAGUAAAUUAAGCAUCUGUUCGUAAUAUACUUUUGGCACAGCGGCCGACACCACGCUUCUCCUACUUCCCAUGUGGUAGCUUGACAUUGUGGCCUGUUGGUUAAUCUUUUAAGACCC